AUCAACUUCUUCUUCCCGCUGAUCACUCAAGCUAGCAGCCGCCGCCAUUGAUCGGAGCUCAAGCUCAAGAAGCUAGCGCAUCAAUGGAGCCCAUCCCUCUCCUGACGCCGUACAAGAUGGGCAAGCUCGACCUCGCCCACAGGAUCGUGCUUGCGCCGCUGACGAGGCAGCGCUCCUACGGCAACGUCCCGCAGCCGCACGCCGCCCUCUACUACUCCCAGCGCUCCACUCCCGGCGGGCUGCUCAUCACGGAGGCCACGGGCGUCUCCGACACGGCGCAGGGGUACUCCGACACGCCGGGGAUCUGGACACCGGAGCAUGUCGAGGCGUGGAAGCCCAUCGUGGACGCUGUGCACGCCAAGGGAGCGCUGAUCUUCUGCCAGAUCUGGCACGUCGGGCGCGUGUCGACGUUCGAGUUCCAGCCCGGCGGCGCCGCGCCGCUGUCGAGCACGGACAGGGGGAUCGGGCCGCAGACGAGCUUCGAUGGACACAUCGAGCACUUCUCGCCGCCGAGGAGGCUAGCGGUGGAGGAGCUUCCCGCUAUCGUCGAUGAUUUCAGGAAGGCCGCCAGGAACGCCAUCGACGCCGGCUUCGACGGCGUGGAGAUCCAUGGCGCGAAUGGGUACCUCAUCGAGCAGUUCCUCAAGGACAGCUCCAACGACCGCACCGACGAGUACGGCGGCAGCCUCGAGAACCGGUGCCGGUUCGCGCUUGAGAUAGUGGACGCCGUCGUGAAGGAGGUUGGUGGGGACCGCGUGGGCAUCCGCCUCUCCCCAUUCACCGACUUCAUGGAGUGCCAUGACUCCGACCCUCACUCCCUCGCGCUACACAUGGCCACCAAGCUCAACGACCACGGCGUCCUCUACCUCCACAUGAUCGAGCCGAGGAUGGCCCUCGUGGACGGCCGACGGGUGGUGCCGAAGCGGCUGCUGCCGUACCGGGAGGCGUUCAAGGGGACCUUCAUCGCCAACGGCGGGUACGACCGCGAGGAAGGGGGCAAGGUGGUGACCGAGGGGUACACCGACCUGGUGGCCUUCGGGCGGCUGUUCCUCGCCAACCCGGACCUGCCCAAGAGAUUCGAGGUCGGCGCGGAGCUGAACAAGUACGAUAGGAUGACCUUCUACACCUCUGACCCCGUCGUCGGCUACACAGACUACCCCUUCCUCGGAUGAUCAUCGAUGGAACUUCUUUCGUUCGCGCGAUUAAUUUGUAGUGCGUGUUGGCACAAGAUGUAUGUGGAAGUGGGCUUUUGUUUUGGUUUCCCUCCCUUUUCAAACUUUGGUUCCAGAAUCUCACAAUACCUUUU